AUGCGUUUGAUAACCAAUUCAGUCGAUUUUGAGCGUGGAGCUAAACGAAGAUUGUCAUCAGUUGGCUGCAUUCUCCGGCUUAGUGAAGUUCCAUUUAAGGUUUUCGUACCCCCAAGCAAGAAACUUCCAGCAAUGAGGAUCUUUGUAUGCAUUUUGGCUGCUUUGGUUGCCACCAGUUCUGCGGGCUUCAUCGGUGGCAGCGGAGGCGGCGGUGGAGGAGGAGGCGGCGGUUACAGUUAUGGAGUGGGUAGCAGUGGCGGUGGAUACAGCGGUGGCCAUCAGGAGGUCAAAACCAUCAAGGUUAUCCAUCAGGAAUCUGGUGGUCAUGGCGGCGGCUAUGGCGGUGGCUUUGGCGGCGGCUAUGGCGGCGGUGCUGGUGGCGGACACUAUGGUGGUGGUCACCAGGAGAUCAAAACAGUAAAGGUCAUUCACCAGGAAGCCGGACACGGUGGACACGGCGGACACUCGCACGGCGGCUACUCGGGUCAUGAUCAUGGUCAUCAAGAAGUCAAGACCAUUAAGGUCAUCCAUGAGGAAGGACACGGCCAUGGCGGUGGUCACUCUCACGGCGGUUUCUCCUACGGUGGCGGACACGGAGGCGGCCAUGGUCACCAGGAGGCCAAGAUCAUCAAGGUUAUCCAUCAGGAAGAAGCUGGCGGACACGGACAUGGACAUGGCGGUUACUCUGGUCACUCUCAUGGCCAUGCCGGUGGACAUCAGGAAAUCAAAACCAUUAAGGUCAUCCACGAAGAGGGUCAUGGCGGACAUGGUGGACAUGGAGGCUUCAUUGGCGGCGGUGGCGCUAUCGGCGGUGGCCAUCACGAGGAAGUCAAAACCAUUAAGGUUAUCCACGAAGAGAGCCACGACCAUCAUGGACAUGGAGGACAUGGCGGUUUCAUCGGCGGCGGCGGCGCUGUCGGCGGCGGUCAUCACGAGGAAGUGAAAACCAUUCAGGUCAUCCACGAGGAGGGUGGCCAUGGUGGUCAUGGCGGUCAUUCGCAUGGUCCCGCUCCCAUUAGCAAUGAGUAUCUGCCCCCUCUGGUGGUGUCAGCUCCUCAACCUGGUUACCUGCCCCCAAGUGGUGGCUGGAAAUAAGCCACAACCUCAUCCCUGAUCUGUGAUCUGUUAACUCUUUCUCCCCAUUUGUUAAGUAGUUUUAGUUACACCAAUUUUUUUUCACCCAUUUUCGUUUGUUCCCUUAUUCCAACACAAAAAAGAGAAACAAAUAACGUUCACUAAAUAUAUAAAUUAUAAAGUUAAA